AUGAAUGGCACCGAAGGAGAGAACUUCUAUAUACCCAUGUCCAACAAGACAGGUGUGGUCAGGAGCCCAUUCGAAUACCCGCAGUACUACCUGGCUGAGCCUUGGAAAUUCUCACUGCUGGCAGCCUACAUGUUCUUCCUCAUUAUAACAGGGUUCCCCAUCAAUUUCCUCACCCUGUACGUCACCAUCCAACACAAGAAACUUCGGCAGCCCCUUAACUAUAUCCUCCUCAACCUGGCUGUUUCUGAUCUCUUCAUGGUCCUUGGUGGAUUCACUACCGCCAUCAUCACCGCAAUGAAUGGCUAUUUCAUCUUCGGACCAGCUGGUUGUAACUUUGAAGGCUUCUUUGCCACACUUGGAGGUGAGAUCUCUCUCUGGUCGCUUGUGGUUCUUGCUAUUGAACGAUACGUGGUUGUCUGUAAACCCAUGAGCAACUUCAGAUUUGGCAGUCAACACGCCAUUAUGGGCGUGACCUUCACAUGGAUCAUGGCAUUGGCUUGUGCCUUCCCCCCACUAGUCGGAUGGUCCAGGUUCAUCCCCGAGGGAAUGCAGUGCUCAUGUGGAAUCGAUUACUACACCUUGAAGCCUGAAGUGUACAAUGAAUCCUUUGUCAUCUACAUGUUUGUUGUACAUUUCAGCAUCCCCCUGACUGUUAUCUUCUUUUGCUAUGGCCGCCUCGUCUGCACAGUCAAAGAGGCCGCAGCCCAGCAACAGGAAUCAGAAACCACCCAGAGAGCUGAGCGGGAGGUCACUCGAAUGGUUAUCAUCAUGGUGUUUGCUUUCCUCAUCUGUUGGUUGCCGUACGCCUCUGUGGCAAUCUACAUCUUCACCAAUCAAGGCAGCGAAUUCGGGCCAGUCUUCAUGACCAUCCCAGCAUUCUUUGCCAAAAGCUCAGCUCUGUACAACCCUCUCAUUUACAUCCUGAUGAACAAACAGUUCCGUAACUGUAUGAUCACCACGAUCUGCUGUGGCAAGAAUCCAUUCGAAGAGGAUGAGUCUGCCUCAGUUAGUGCCAGUAAGACUGAGGCUUCAUCCGUCUCCUCCAGCCAGGUGGCCCCUGCGUAAAUGUGCCAGCUCGCCAGGCACAGGUUGGCACGUGGUGUUGAAGCUGAAUUUUCCAAACAAAACAAGCCAUCUUGUUGAGAUUCGAAGGACCAUGAUUUCAAAACCAGUCCAAGUGUUCUAAAGUAGUGGAACUUUUCAUCUGCAUGGUGAAGAUUUGAACAGAAUUUGAACAAAACUUCCAUCUUGAGCUUUGUGAUUUAAACAGUGGCAGUGAGUCUCCCACACUGUCACGUUGUCAGGGUAUUGUGCACUCUAAAUCCACCCAGAUGUCUAGGAACCCCCACCCACCCCCAUUAUAUUUAAAGCUCAGAUCCUUUCUCAAAUAAGCCCUCCUACUGGCGAUACUCCAAUGUAAUUUCCCUGUACAGGUCUGAUUUAGCUAAUGUAGAAACCG